CAGUUGUUUACAUUAGAGGGACACUGUGUCAAAAAUCAUUGUGACAAAUUUAAUCUGCUACAGAUUGUGUACUGAAAUACACAAUAUUCCAAUACCCUAUCUGCUCACAAGAAUGGAGCAGGCAGGCAGAUCGGACAGCUGGCAUAAUAUGUGGACACAUGAACCCAGAACAAAAACACAACUGUUGGAUCUAAUUUUAAACCUAACAGUCUUGACUGAGUGGCUUUAGAUCCUAAUUGACUGGCUAUGGCUAAAUUGUUAGUGGGAACGGGGAGAAGGAAGUUUGAAGAUACUGGUGAAAAGCUUUUGAUAAAGGCAAGAUAUAUUUGCUCCAGUUAUGGUUCGUCCAUUUGUCACAGCAAAUACAGAGCCUGCAAAGUUCAGAAAGGAAGAUCAAAAAGGUCGAAGUGCAUUGCUAGCAGAUAUUCAGCAAGGGGCUCGCUUAAGGAAAGUUACCCAAAUCAACGACCGAAGUGCACCACAGAUUGAAAAACCCAGAGGACCUAACAGAGAUGGAGGUGGCCCAGCAACCAGCAAAAGUGGUGCGCAGCCAUCAUUGGGGGGCUUAUUUGCAGGUGGCUUUCCCAUGCUGAAACCAGUUGGCCAAAGAGACAUGACGGCUGGCAAGGCUGGGCAGCUGCCUGGAGUACGAGUGCCUCCUCCAAAGUCUCCAGCCCCAUUGAACAGCAAUGCCAAAGCAAGCAGUCAUGUUUCAAGUCUGCCUGAUUGUCCAAGAGCAGCACACCCAUCGGAGCUACCCAGUGGGCCAAGAGCAGGACCAGCUCGGCCCUGCAUGCCUGCCCCUCCCCCACCUCCACCAGUUUCUAGCAAACCUUCCCUUGUUUUCCCACCUCCUCCACCUCUUCCCUCUCCUCUGGAAAAACCUGCAAAAGUGUCACCCCUGAAUUUGGUGGUACCACCACCACCACCUCUUCCUCCUCCUCCUCCUCCUCCUCAGAGUGACAAGCCUGCCAAGGUUCAAGCAACAGCUUUGUACCUGCCGCCUCCUCCCCUGCCCCUGGCACCACCUUGUGGAUUGCCAGUCAGAACAACUGACUUACCUAAUAAUUCUCCCCUGCACCCUGAUUUGAGGGAUUAUCCACCUCCAACUCCUCCCCCGCCUCCACCACCACUGCCUCCUACUUCUUCACCCAGGGGAUCCUUGCCGCUGCCACCCUCCCCUAACUUUAACAGUGCUGUGAACAGCCAAGACAUUCCUCCCGCACUGCCCCCCAAAUCUCCACACUUGCUCUUCCAAAAACCUGGUAUUCAGUCCGUGCCUCUUCCUCCUGCCCCACCCUUCUCUCAGCCAGCUUCAGCAGUGCAGAAAAAGAGACAAGGCAGAGGUGCAGUAAGCAACACUGGGAAGUUAAUUCCGCCUCCGCUGCCUCCAGCAAGAUCACCAUCAACUGAGCUUACGAUCAAGUGUCCAUAUGCCCAAGUUUCAUCAUGGCCAGCUGCACAUGAGCCCUAUCCACAGCACAGAAAUGGAAACAUGCACAUCACUGAUGACUUUGAGUCUAAGUUUACUUUCCAUUCUGAGGAAGAAUUCCCCCCUCCUGAUGAAUUCAAGCCAUUUCAGAGAAUUUAUCCCAGCAAGGAAUCUAGAGAAUUCCCUAAAAAUCCUCCACUAAGAACACAUGUGAGAUGAGAAGAUCCCUCCAACAGACCUCUGGUGCAGUACUACACAGGAGGAGUGAAGAUAACAAGAUAAUGUAUGAAACAGAGGAGGUUUUGUUAAAUGAGUAGAGAUUGUAUUUUAACAAUCAAAUGAUGCAGUGUUGGACCUGAUUUGAUAUUUUUAAAACUGGAAAAGAAAUACUUUAAUUAUGUAUUCUCUGAACAAGCCUAGUCAUCAUAUGGCAGUAGAGGAGAGCGCUGGCACAGGCUUUUAAAUUAUUGUUGGAUACUUUACUUCAGGAAUUUUUAAAACCAAGCACCAUGAGAUUUAAAUUCUUCAGUAGUGUUCACUAUGUAAUUCUCAUUCAAAUCAUCAUCAAGAGAUCAUCUCAAACAGUAUUCCAUGCAUUAAAUACACUCCGAUAUUUUUCUUUGUCACCUUUUAAAUAUUUUUAGUAUUCCCCCCCCCCCCCGAGCUCUAAUUAUAUUUACAGGAGUUUUCAAUUAAUUAUCUGAAAAUAAGAUACUAUAUAUUGUAUGGUUGUUGGCAUGACUCUAUAAUCUCAUUGUAAGUUACUUUGCUACCUGUUUCCUACCUACCCACCACACUGCUGCAAAAUGGCCUCUCCUUCAUUACCACCACAUACAGGUCCAUAAUUACAGGGAUUUAUUGGUCAAACAUAUCUAUAGGCAGGAGGAAGGUUCUGCGGACACCACUGCACACAGUACGCUAUUCUAUCUCAGAUUUGCUAGUGGGUGUGCCUGUCAGAAGGGAAUGAGCUAGAACAUGACUGCCUGGGCUGGACUGCCUAACAGCAUUGCCAUCAGGGCAGGCCCCAGCGCGCCAAGCACGUGAUUGGGGCGGCAUGCCGCAGGGGGGUGCUUUGCCAGUUGCCGGG